GGCGGCCAAAUGCCUGAGUGGGCCAGGACGUUUGGGCAGGUGCUGGGGUAUGCCUCGUCGGGCUUCUACCUGGGAUCCCGAGUUUCACAGAUCGUGCGCAAUUGGCGGCGGCACAGCGCGGAGGGGCUGAGCCUGGCCAUGUUUGGGUGCGCGAUAGCGGCCAAUGUCACCUACGGCAGCGGCAUUCUGUUGCGCACCUACACAUGGGCCGACCUGCGCGCGUCCACCCCCUGGAUCCUCGGCAGCCUCGGCACUGUCUCCCUGGACGUCCUCAUCUUCUGCCAGGCAAAGCACUACAGGCGGCAAAAGACAGAGGUGCGGGGUUUGCUAGACCCUGAAUAGCAAUCAGCGCACAGACCUGGCCCUUCUGCUCAGCCGGUGCAGCCUCGGCCGGCCAGCAGCGCCAUCCGCUGGCCCACAUGGCUGCGCAGGUCGCCAGGCCAGCAGAUGAGGCCAUGAGAGCUGCAGCUGCACCCAUAACGUUGCAACGUUGUCAGCCUGGGUGAGCUUCAGAAAAAAGUUGAUCAGGCCGGGUCUGUGCAAUACCAGGGUAUGCACGACUCAGUCCUUGCAGCCCGUCAAUGUCCUCUAAGAACAGCAAUGCAUGUGGGUUUCCACACUGAUAUUAUUUAAUCUUCGUUGUUGGACACUCGUGUACUUACAUUGACUGCUCUAAUGAAGCAUGUUGCUGGAUUAUGGCAGCUUGCUUUCUUGAGAAUGUUGUCUGUUCCAUAGGCAGAUAUGGUACAUGUAAAUUGUACAAGUCUAU